UUAAUUAAUCGUGCGGACGUCCUUGAGGCACUAAAUCGCAAUAAACAUGAGACCGGUAAUUCCAAAUUUUUACCUUCUACGUCACGACCAAGCCCGCCAGCACCUAAUCACCAAAAUAAUAGCUACAAUAAUAACAAAAUAAAAUCAUUUGCAGGUGUUUACCAAAAAUCAAAGCCUAAUUUUAAACAAAAUACCUAUACACCUGGUACUGCUGUAUGUAUAAUAUGCAGCGACAACCAUAGAAUAUACGAUUGCCCUACUUUUGCUGCUAAAAGCAUAAAAGACAAAUUAGCCGACGUCGCGAAUUACAAGUUGUGUGCCAACUGCCUUAGGCAAGGUCAUCCGGUCAGCGAGUGUCGUGGAGGUCCUUGUCGGGAUUGUAAUCAGAGGCACAACAGCUUGCUUCACGAGCCUAGCCGGACUAGUCCGGGCAUAAUAAGUAGUGCUGCUACGGUCAGCAACGCAUCAUCAGCGGCAAACUUUUUUGACUUGGACAAUAACCGAGGGCUUUUGUCUACUGCAAUAAUCGAAGUGUGUAAUCCUAAAACAAAUCAAAAAGAAAGAGUACGAGCUUUCCUAGACAACGGGAGUGAGUUUUCAUUUAUCAAACAAUCGCUAAAAGAAAGAUUGUCACUACAAUCGAAUCCUAUCGACUGUAUAAAUCUGAUAGGAGCUGGCAAUAAAUGUGUAGACAACAUUGUCGAAAGAUGUACUACGCAAAUUCAUUCACUACAUAAUCCAUAUAAACUUGCCUUAUCGUGCUUUGUGCUAAAGGAGCUAACAGGCAACAUUCGUGAACGUCCAGUAGAUGUCCAAAGUCUACAGAUACCUAAACAUAUCCGACUAGCGGAUCCCGAUUUUAACCAACCAGGCGAGAUCGAGAUUUUGAUCGGCGCGGACAUAUUUUGGGACAUCCUAGGUACCAAAAAACUUUCUCUAGGUCCCUCUAUGCCUACACUACGAGAUUCUAAAUUUGGUUGGUUAAUAUGCGGACGAAUGUAUACUAAUACUAACAAUCAAAAUAACAAAAAUCAAAAUACUAACGAUACAAAUAACAAAAUUCAAAAUAAAAUUAAUUGUAAUCAUGCAAUUAUAUCUAAAUCACAACAAAACAUCGAAAAUAUGCUAACUAAAUUCUGGGAGACCGAAGAGGUUCCUAACAAAAAUGCUUUAAAUCAAAAUGAGCAGGAAUGUGAAAAUCAUUUCCUAACGAACACUAUACGGCUAGAUAACGGUAGAUUUUGCGUUAAAUUGCCGUUAACUGAAUCACCUGAAUGUCUUGGGGAUUCCUACAACUUAGCUAAAAGAAGAUUUUUAAAUUUGGAACGAAAAUUCAAGCGAAAUCCGACCUUGAAAUCCGAAUACACUACAUUCAUAAAUGAGUAUGCAGAGCUAGGCCAUCUGUCUGAGUCUAGCUUGCUCAAGCCAAAUCCUAACUACUUUUUGUGCCAUCAUGCUGUUUUUAAAAAUAGUGAAUCUACAUCCCUACGCGUCGUGUACGACGCCUCAGCUGCUUCCUCCUCUGGUAAAUCACUCAAUGACAUUCUUUUGGUGGGGCCAAAUGUCCAGGACUCUCUUUUCUCCAUUCUUGUAAGAGCGAGACAAUACCGGUACAUUCUCUCUGGCGAUAUCGAGAAAAUGUACCGCCAGGUUCAAGUUCACGACGAUGACCGAAAUCUGCAAUUGAUAGUAUGGAGAGAAGAUGAGUCUAGCCCCCUUAAAACGCUGCGAUUGAAUACUCUAACUUACGGUACCGGAAGUGCGAGCUAUUUGAGCACGCGAUGUUUAUUUCAAGUAGGAGAGGAGCAGAGUGAUCAGCUCAUCAAAACUAUAAUACAAAAAGAUUUCUAUGUUGAUGACCUGAUCACUGGAGCCAAUAGUGAAUACGAAUUAAAAUAUAUACAAAAAUCAGUUUCUGAGGCACUAAAGACAGGAUGUUUUAAUUUAAGAAAAUACAAAAGUAACUUAUCGUCUCUGUUUGAAGAUGCUAACAUAAAUACACAAGAGAAUUUAAUCAUUAGUGAAUCAGCUAGCACUCUCGGGUUAGGAUGGAGCCCAGUUAAUGAUACGCUAAACUUUCCUGUGAAAGAUCCUAUUCCGAGUGAUGUCAUAACUAAAAGAUACAUUAUGUCAAACGCAUUUAAAAUAUUUGACCCACUAGGUUGUUUAAGUCUAUGUAUAAUUAAACCAAAAAUGCUAUUACAAAAAUUAUGGGAGCUUAAAAUAGAUUGGGACUUACCUGUUCCGGAUUAUAUUAAAAAAGAGUGGGAAAAAUUUGUCGAAAACAUACCAUUCAUCCAAAAUCUCAAAAUAGAUAGGCGAGUUUUAUGUGAUUCACCAAAAUUGAUUGAAAUGCACGUUUUCAGUGACGCAUCACAGUCGGCCCUUGGUGCCUGUAUUUAUAUGAAGUCUCUAUCUGAAAACGGUGACGUCAUUGUCAGGCUGCUAUGCUCAAAAUCAAAAGUCGCUCAACUGUCGCCUACGACCAUGCCGCGGCAGGAGCUAGGUGCUGCGCUGCUCGCUGCCAGGCUCAGCAGGGCAGUCCUAGACUCUCUCAGAUACAAGCCGGAUCGUGUCGUGCAUUGGUGCGACUCAAGUAUCGUGCUGAGCUGGUUGCAUAAUAAAUCUGCUAAACUAAAGGUAUUCGUGGCUAAUCGCAUAAAUGAAAUCUUAGAAAAGACUAAAGAAUCAACGUGGAGAUAUGUGCCUACCUCUGCAAAUCCAGCUGAUUUAAUUUCGCGGGGAGUGGAUGCCUGCCAGCUUCCAAAGCUGGAUCUGUGGUGGUUUGGACCUACAUUUUUAACUGAAGAUGAAUCUAAAUGGCCUGUUUUAAAUAAUCUUAAAAUUGAUGACUUACCUGAAACUAAAUGUAAUGUUGUAAAUUUAGAAACUCCCAUCGUAGACUUCGAAAAAUAUUCUACGCUAAAUAAAUUGCAAAGAUCGUUUGCAUAUGUUAAGAGAAUGAUAUUUAAUCUAAAAAAUCCUAAAAAUAAACGAGUAGGUGUUUUAACUGUUGACGAGUUGACAGAAUCGUUUAAAUUUCUCUGUUUAAUCGCUCAAAAACAAUCGUUCCAAGAUGAGUACGAGAUGCUUACUAAAUCUAAGCCGUUAAGCUCUAAAUCUAAAAUAUUAAAGCUUUCACCUUUUUUAGAUAACGACAAGGUGAUUAGGGUUGGCGGUCGAAUCGAUGCAUCUGAUUAUCCGUAUGAAAAGAAGCACCAAAUUUUGCUUCACGCAUCUCAUCGUUUAUCAAAACUUAUAUUUGCCAAUGUGCACAUAAAACAUAUGCACGCGCCUCCUCAAUUAUUGUUGUCUCUUGUUAAGGAAACCGUAUGGCCUAUAAAUGGAAGACGCCUUGCUCAGCGCACAGUAAACAAUUGCAUGCGAUGCAGGCGUGCUCGCGGCAAGACUCUGACCCCAAAAAUGGGAAAUCUCCCAGCUCAGAGAAUAAAUGCGGAUUUUCCGUUUAUAUCAGUAGGUUUAGAUUUUGCGGGACCUUUCUAUAUUUUAAAUAGGAAGGGUCGAGGUGCUAAAUUAAUAAAAUGCUAUUUAUGUUUAUUUGUGUGUUUACGCUAUAAAUGUUUGCACUUAGAAGCGGUUAGUGAUCUAACAAAAAAUGCUUUCAUAAUGACGCUUAGGAGGUUCAUUGCGCGAAGGGGCAAGCCUGCGGAAAUAUUCUGUGACAAUGGUCGAAACUUUGUCUCCGCGGCUAAAGAAAUAGGUCAAUUUAUAAAAGCUAAUCAGGAACCUAUGUCUGAUUUUGCGAAUCAAGAAUACAUAAAGUUCAUAUUCACUCCAACUUACGCACCUCACUUCGGCGGUAUCUGGGAGGCCGGAGUAAAAUCCGCAAAGCACCAUAUAAAACGUGUAAUAGGCAAUAGCCAUUUGACAUUUGAGGAAAUAGGAACUCUAUUUGCGCAAGUGGAAGCGAUUCUAAACAGUCGUCCCUUGUGCCCCAUGUCUACGUCCCCUGACGACCUCCUUUCCCUCUCUCCAGGGCACUUCUUAAUCGGAAGACCAUUGACUGCACUGCCGUCGCCUGCACUGGAGAACCGCCAGGAGAUGUCUCUUCAACGUUAUGCUAGGAUAGAAAAGAUACGCCAGCAUUUUUGGAAUAGAUGGCAGAGAGAAUAUAUAUCCGAAUUACAAGAGAGAACCAAAUGGAGAACAAACACUGCCAAACUUAAUUUGGGCGACUUGGUUCUGCUCCACGAAGAUCACGUGCCUCCGCUAUGCUGGCGCCUUGGAAGGGUUACGCGCUUGUUCCCGGGAGCCGACGGUGUUGCCAGGGUUGCAGACGUAACCACCACAAAGGGAUGCGUACGACGACCACUCGUUCGCCUCUGCCCUCUACCAUCACCGGAGGACUUGAAGUUUUGAAAGGCUGUUCCUUUCAACGAGGCGGGAAGAUGUUCAGACUCCUGAAGCUAGUCUACGAUUGCUGUGAAACGAUGAUUGUUUGCCU